AUGUCUGUACGCGAACUUUUUUUUCUAUUUGGAUGGCUUAUUACAAAUACUUAUGGUGAAAGUUUAAGACCACCUUAUUUAAAUCUUGCUCGGGAAAAACAUAUAACUGUAGCAGCUACAUCAACAUGUGGAGAAUUUAUUGAUAAACAAAAUCGAAAUAAAACAAAAUAUAAAAAAGAAUUAUAUUGUAAAUUAACUGGUUCAUCACCUUAUGAAAAAGAUUAUAAGGAUUCAAAUUUAAUCUAUGGACAAUAUUGUGAUUAUUGUGAUCCAAGUGUACCAGAUAAAAAACAUAUUGUUAAUUAUACAAUUGAUGGAACAGAUCGAUGGUGGCAGUCACCACCAUUAUCACGUGGUCUUGAAUAUCAAAAAGUGAAUAUAACAGUAGAUCUUGGUCAAGAAUAUCAUAUAGCAUAUAUAUAUAUUCGUAUGUCAAAUUCGCCUCGACCAGCUGUUUGGUCAUUGGAACGUUCAACUGAUUAUGGAAAGACAUUUUCAACAUGGUACUAUUUUGCUAGUGAUGUUGAAUGUCGUACAGUAUUUGGAGUGCAACCAUUCGUCAAUCGUUCAUUUACACGAGAUGAUGAUGUUGUUUGUGAAACAAAAUAUGCCAGUCGUAUACCAUUAGAAGGAGGUGAAAUGGUUAUAUCAUUAAUAAAUGAUCGACCAAAUAGUAAAAACUUCUCCUAUAGUGAUACUUUACAACAAUGGACACGUGCAACAAAUGUUCGUUUAAGAUUACUUCGACCAACAACAUUACAUUCUCAUUCAAUUAUUCAUGAUAGUCAUGAUAAAUCAGUAACAAGAAGAUAUUUUUAUUCCAUCAGAGAUAUUGGUAUUGGUGGACAUUGCCAAUGCAAUGGUCAUGCUGAAUCAUGUGAUAAACCUCAUUCAAAAAGUCCAAAUAAAAUGGUUUGUCGUUGUCGACAUAAUACAUGUGGUGAUUAUUGUCAAGAAUGUUGUGAACCAUUUGUACAAAAAAAAUGGCGUCAAUCACGUGAUGCUGAUGCAUUUGAAUGUGAACCAUGUCAAUGUUAUGGUCAUUCAAGUGAAUGUGUUUAUGAAGAAAAAAUUGCUGAAGAAAAAUUAAGUAUUGAUAUACAUGGAAAAUAUGAAGGUGGUGGACGUUGUCUUAAUUGUGAACAUCAUACAGAAGGUAUCAAUUGUGAACGAUGUGUACGUGGAUAUUUUCGAAAUUUUACACGGAAAGUUAGUGAUGUUGAUAUGUGUCAAUCAUGUAAAUGUAAUUUAAAAGUUUCAACGGGUACUUGUGCAGAAGGCACAGGUAAAUGUGAAUGUAAACCACAAUUUGCUGGAUUAGAAUGUGAUGAAUGUGCAGUUGGAUAUUUUGAUUUUGCUGCUGGAUGUAAACCAUGUUUAUGUUCAAUUAAUGGUACAGCUGAUCAUAAAUGUUUACCAGAUUCAGGUCGUUGUGUAUGUAAAAUGAAUUUUGAUGGAGAUUAUUGUGAUCGUUGUGCACCAGGAUAUUAUAAUUUUAAAGCUGGUUGUCUUCCAUGUGAAUGUGAACGUGCUGGUAGUGAUGGAAAUAUUUGUGAUACUGAAACUGGACAAUGUCCAUGUCGAUUAAAUUAUCAAAAUCGAACAUGUGAUACAUGUAAAAAUGGUCAUUAUGGUUAUCCAGGUUGUUUACCGUGUGUAUGUAAUCAUAAUGGUUCAACACCGGAAGUAUGUAAUAAAGAUACAGGUGCUUGUUUAUGUAAAGCGAAUUUUACUGGACAUACCUGUGAACAAUGUGCAGCUGGAUUCUUCAAUCAUCCAACAUGUGAACCAUGUGCUUGUGAUUUAACUGGAGUUAUAUAUGAUGCAUGUGAUCAACGUGGUCAAUGUCAUUGUAAGGCAAAUUUUGGUGGACGACAAUGUAAUCAAUGUGCACCUGGUUAUUUUCGUUAUCCGGAUUGUGUUCCAUGUUCAUGUGAUAUGCAUGGAUCAUUAGGUUUAAGUUGUGAUCAAACGACAGGACAGUGUGUAUGUAAAAGUAAUUUUAUUGGUGAAAAAUGUCAAGAAUGUGCACUGGGAUUAUUUAAUUUUCCAUAUUGUGAAGAAUGUAAAUGUGUUCCAGCUGGUGUACGAAAUGAUUUUCCUGGUUGUGGUCGACAUAAUAUUCCAGGUGUUUUAUGUUUAUGUAAACAAAAUGUUGAAGGAAGACAAUGUGAUCGUUGUAAAGAAGGUUUUUGGAAUAUGAAAACAUCAAAUCCACUUGGAUGUGAAUCAUGUGAUUGCUCUGAUUCGGGUACAAUAGCUCAUUUAAAUACUUGUGAUUCAACAACAGGUCAAUGUCCAUGUAAAUUAACUACACAAAAUUCGACUGUACGUUGUGAUGUAUGUGCUGAUGGUUAUUAUUCAUUAGCACGUAAUAAUGUUUUUGGUUGUGAACCAUGUCGAUGUUCACUUGGUGGUUCAUUACAUAGUAUAUGUGAUAAACAAACGGGACAAUGUGUUUGUCGCCCAUCAAUUGUUGGUCGUGAAUGUAAUCAACCAGCAUUAGGACAUUUUUUUCCAAGUUUACAUCAUUUACAAUAUGAACUUGAAGAUGGUUUAACAGUAAAACAUCAAACACCUGUUCGUUAUGAAUUUGAUUCAAGUGAUUUUGAAAAUUUUUCAUGGAAAGGUUAUGUUAGAUAUUCAUCAUUACAAUCCGAAGUACAAUUACAUAUACAAUUAAUUAAACCAACUGCUUAUCGACUUUUAAUUCGUUAUAAAACAUAUAAUAAAACAUCGAUGGAUAGUAAUAAUUUAGAUUAUAAAUUACCACAAAUAAAUGUAAAUUUUGCAUCAAUACGAGAGACAGGUACAGCAGCACCACAAACAUUUGAUAUUGAUCUACCACAAUCUGAUCGUCAAGCAACAUUUGCUACGGCUAGUACACUUUUAACAAGUGAUGCAGCACCCUAUAAUGAAUAUUUAUUAACAUUAAAAACAACUGAUCCAGUUUUAAUUGAUUAUAUUGUUUUUGUGCCUAUUGAUUAUAUUGAAGCUCAAGCACUUCAGCAAACUGAUGCAUUUGCAUAUGGUCGUCCAUGUGAAUUAGAUGAUGAAGAAGAAUGUUAUCAAUAUACUUAUCCAGUAUUAAAUGGUAUGUCAAGUAUAAGUCAUCCAUCAUCAGGUUCAACACCAAAUGGUAUUGUUAUUGAUUCCAAUCUUCUUGAAGAAUUAUCAAUUGAUUCAUUAACAACUAUUGAACGUGGUCGUGAUUAUCGUUAUGAUUGGAUUAUAUCAAAACCAGGUCAGUAUUAUCUCCUAGUUGAUUAUCAUACUAUUGAUGCUGGAACAUCCUAUGCUCGAGUUCAAACAAUUGAUGGAGAUAUGAUGCCUGGAUCAUUAGUAUUAACUGAAUGUCCAUAUACAUUUGUAUGUCGACAAAUGGUAACUACAUUAAGUAAUGGUGGUAAUCAACGUAUAAGUAAACCAAAAUUAAUGACUGUUACUGAUACGCGACGUGCAACAGUUAUAUUAAAUGUUGUUCAACAAUCUGAUCGAAGUAGUCCAAUUGGUAUACAUAAAAUAACUGCUGUACCUAUGAAUCAAUUUAAUUAUGAUCUUCUUCGACCACAAUUUAUAUGUGUACGUGGUACAUCAGAUGAUGGUCCACAUGGUUUACCAAUAUGUAGUGAUUCAAAUAAACCAUUAGGUAGUUCAUUGACAGCACCAGUUCAAAUUUUUCAAGCUGAAGAUUAUUAUAAUGAACAUUUAAAAACAACAAAUUUUCCAAAUGCACCAGAAAAUACUGCUGUUGUUCCAUUAAGUUUUUCUACACCAAAUAUCUAUGUUUAUGGACGUUUAACUGAUGUUUAUACUAAAACAGAAAAUUAUCCAGCUUUAUUUCAAUUUCAUAUACAUUAUUUUCAAUCAAAAUCUUAUUCAAUAUCGGAUACAAUUCCAUUAACUGUUAUUUUUUAUAGUCGUACAGGUGAUAGUCAAAUUGGUGAAAUUAAUGCACCAAUAUGUCAACGAUUUACACAAGGUGGUUGUUCACAAAUAGUUACACUUCAAAAUGGUUCAACAGCUAUAAGACUUGAUGAACCAGAAUUUACUGCUUAUUUAGCAUUAACAAAUCCAAAUACAUCAUUACUUAUUGAUUAUAUUACAGCUCAAAAAAUUGAACCAAAUGCAGAAAAAGUUGUAACACCAGUAUUAACUACAGCUGAUACUGAUCGUGCAUCAAAAUUUGUUCAAGAUUGUAUAACAAAAUCAGCACCUAAUUAUGAUCCUAAAAUUCAACAAGCAAGUUCAUUUUGUCGUCAAGCACUUUAUUCUUUAUCGGCAACAUUUAAUGAUCAAGCAUCUCAAUGUUUAUGUGAUGUACGUGGUUCAGUAAAUCCAAAUGGGCAAUGUGAACCUUACGGUGGACAAUGUUCUUGUAAACCUAAUGUUAUUGGUCGACGAUGUGAUCGUUGUCGAACAGGAUAUUGGGGUUUUCCAAAUUGUCGACAAUGUACAUGUCCAACAAAGAUAUGUAAUGAAUUAACAGGUGAUUGUAUUUGUCCACCAAGAGUUACAGGACGUUAUUGUGAUCAAUGUGCUCCACGAACAUAUGGUUUUGAUCCAUUAAUUGGUUGUGAAGAUUGUCAAUGUCGAAUUGAAGGUGUUAUUAAUGGACGUCUUGAUUGUGAUCUUCGAACAGGUCAAUGUCCAUGUCGUGAAAAUAUUGGUUCUCGAACAUGUGAUCGCUGUGCUCCAGGUCAUUAUGAUUAUCCACGUUGUAUGAAAUGUGAUUGUGAUACAGCUGGUACACUUGAACCUAUAUGUGAUACAUAUACAGGUACUUGUUUAUGUAAAGAAAAUGUUUAUGGUCCACGAUGUGAUCGAUGUACGGAUAGUACAUUUGCUUUAUUAUCUGAUAAUCCAAAAGGUUGUACAAAUUGUUAUUGUUUUGGUUCAACAACACAAUGUCAUUCAGGUUUAUUUAAUUAUCGUUUUAUUCGUAAUAUGUCUGAUUGGUCAUUAACACGAUCUGAUGUACGUUAUGAUCGACGUGAAACACGUUUAACAAUGUUUAUGAAUUAUGAUAAUAAUGAUCAAUCAGCAAUAUAUUGGUCAGCACCAAGACAUUAUUUAGGAAACAAAAUUCUUUCCUAUGGAGGAAAUUUAACAUUUAAAUUAAGUUAUACAUCAACAACAAAUAAUUAUAAUCAAAUAUUAAAUAAACAUCCAUUAGUUAUACUUCGUGGACGUGAUUUAACAAUUGUUCAUUAUUAUACACGACCAAUAGAAGCAAAUCGUCCUGAAGAAGAUAUAUCAAUUACAUUGAAAGAAGCUAAUUUUCGUUUUCAAACACGUUCAUCAACGGCUGUUACACGUGAUACAUUUUUACAAACACUUAGUAAUAUAUCAAGUUUACAUAUUCUUGCAUGGCCAUAUUCAGUUGAUUCAACAUCAAGUUCAAUUGUUGCUGUUCAAUUACAACAAGCUGAUUUAAAAUCAGUCAAUAAUAUAUCACCACAACGUCCAUUAGCACGUAAUAUUGAAGUAUGUUCAUGUCCACCAAAUUAUGCUGGUACAUCAUGUGAAACAUGUGCACGAGGUUAUUUUAAACAAUACAGUGGAACAAAUGGUGCACAUAGUUAUACAUGUGUACCAUGUCAAUGUAAUGGACAAAGUGAUAUAUGUGAUGUUGAAACUGGCCAUUGUUUAGCAUGUCAAAAUCAUACAUUGGGAACAUAUUGUGAAACUUGUAUACCGGGUUAUAAUGGUGAUCCAGUACGAAAUAUUUCAUGUCGUAUCUGUUCAUGUCCAUUACCAGUGGAAUCAAAUAAUUUUGCAUCAACAUGUGAAAUCAACGCAACAACAGGUGAUACUACAAGAUGUUUUUGUCAACAAGGUUAUUAUGGUGAUAGAUGUCAAUCAUGUUAUCCAGCAUUUUGGGGUGAACCAAGUAAAGUUGGUGGUCGAUGUUUACCAUGUGAAUGUAAUUCAAAUAUUGAUCCAUAUGAUUGGAAUGCUUGUGAUCAACAAACAGGACGAUGUGUUAAUUGUCUAAAUAAUACAGCUGGACAUUCAUGUGAACGUUGUCGAGAUUGGUUUUAUGGUGAUGCUAUUCGAACAAAAAAUUGUGCACCAUGUUCAUGUUCUCAAUGUGGUUCGACUAGAUGUGAUCAAAGAUCUGGACGAUGUCAAUGUAAACCAGGUGUAACUGGUCUUACAUGUGAUGUUUGUUUAGAAAAUCAUUAUGGUUAUCAUGCAUGUAAUGAUGAAGGAUGUAAACCAUGUUCAUGUGGUUUAAGUAGUAUAGGACCAUCAUGUGAUCUUUAUACAGGUCAAUGUCAAUGUAAACCUGGUGUUGGUGGAAGAAAAUGCGAUGUAUGUUUGCCAGGUUAUUGGGAUUUAACUGAAGAUGGAUGUAAACCAUGUCAAUGCGAUCGAUUUGGAACAGUACGAGAUUUAAGCAAUACAGGAUUGAGUUGUGAUGCAGAAACAGGUCGAUGUUAUUGUAUUGAAGGUGUUCGUGGAGAACGAUGUGAUCAAUGUGAAGAAUAUUAUACAAUUGUUGAAGGUCGUGGUUGUCUUCCAUGUGAUAAAUCAAAUAUUGUACCUGAAGGUUGGUGUGCUCGUCAAUUAAUUGAUGAUGUUGAUCAAUUACGUAUAAAUAUUAAUCGAACACUUGAUAAUGCUGAUCGAAUAAUUCAAGGUCGUACAGCUAGUGAACGUAUUCAACGUAUGCGUUUACGUGCUGAUGAAUAUCGUUCACUUGUUAAUAGUCCAAAUAUAAGAAAUUACCGAUGUUUAUUAAAUGAAAAUCCAUCGAGUUCAUUUUGUCUCAAUGAUCAAAUUGUUAAUUUAACCAGUCUAUUAAAUGAAUUCGAUCAAGAUUUUAAACAAACACAAAUUGAAAUCAAUCAUGAACAAGAUGAAAUUAAAAAUUUAUCAAGACGUGCACAAAAAGAAUAUGAACGUGUACGUGAACAAGUUAAAUUAAUGCAAGAUUUUGCUGAUGAUAUUGAUGCAUUCUCAGCUAAUUUAACACAGCAAAGAAAUGAUGAUCCAACUUAUAUAGUUAAUCUUAUUGAGAGAGUUUACGCAACUAUUGAUCGAUUUGAACUUGAACCUGAACAAAGUGUAAUAAAAAAUUCCAGUCAAUUAUCUUCUCAAUUACAUACUUAUCUUCAAUCAUUAAAUAAUGAUCUUAGUAAUCAUUUAAAUGAAAUUGAUAAACUUAAUAAUCAAACAUUUCAUUUUGAACAACGUACAAUACAAAUGGAAAAACAUAUUCAACAAGCUUAUGAAAAACUUCAACGUGUAUCACAACAAAUUACAACACUCGAUAAUACAAUAAAAUCAAUACGUACAAUAUUAAAACAAAGUUCAGGAUUAAACGAAGCAACAAAUAUAAAAUUAUCGAAUACAACACAAUUAUUACAAAAUGAUUUAAUGAUAAAUUUUAAUCAAUUACAAAUGAUCUAUCGUCAAACAUUAACAAAUGCGGAUAAUUUAAAUAGUUCCAUACAAAUUCUACUUUCAGUAGUUAAUGAAACAAUUGAACAAAAUCGUAUUGUUCAUAUAAGUGUUCGACAAGUAUUUAAUUAUGUACAAAAUUUAACAGAAACAUCCGAACGUUUAGAUAUGUUAUAUGAAAAUAUGAAACAACAAAAUAAUGUUACAUUAUUAACUGUAUUUGUUUAUAAAAAUAUAAUUGAUACAGUUAAUUUAGUCGAUACAACUUCAACUGAAUUAGCUAAAAAUCUUUCAAAAUCACAAGAACAUAUUGCUCAACAACGACAACGUAUUGAAAAAUUAGGAAAAGAACGAUUAGAUCAACCAUUAUUAUCAUCAUUUGAAACAGAAAUUAAAUUAAAUCUAAAUGAUGAACAACGUUUAGAACGUUUAGAACGUUCAGCUGAAAGUUAUCGUCAAUCAUUAAGUACAAGUGAAAAAUUAUUACCAGCAUAUAAUUUACGUAUUGGUGAAUUAAAAUCAACAGCUGAUAAUGUUGAACCACAUUCAACACGUAUGUAUGAUGAUAGUCAAGCAAAAACAAAUGAAUUUGCACGUUUACGUGAAAAAAUUCUUGCUGAAAAACCUAUGAAUGCAUCAACAUUAAGUGAUCGUCCAUUACAAAUGGAAUUUAAUGAUAUUAAACAAUCGAUUCAACGUAUGAAAACUUGGGAAUCAGAUACAGAUCAACAAUUAAGUAAAGCAAAAUAUCGCUAUGAUGAAACAAUAAAUACUCAAGAUAAUAUAGCUGAUAUUAUAGCUGAUAUUCGUCGUCUUGUUGAUGAAUCACGUUCAAUUGUUAGUUCAGUUCGUGUUGGAGCACAAUUUAAUCGUACAAGUGGUGUUAAUUUACAUAAACCAUAUAGUAAAUCUUAUGUUAAUUUAAAUAAACAACAUUCAAAAUUAGCACUUUCAUUUCGUACAACUGAAUCUGAUGGAUUAUUAGCUUAUGCUGGUAAUGAAAAUGAUGAUAGAUAUAUGUCAUUAAGACUUAAUCAAGAUGGACAAAUUGAAUUUACUUAUGAUGUUGGACAACAACGACCAACAUCAAUCAUAACACCAAGAUCAUUUAUUGAUAAUCAAUGGUAUGAUGUUACAGGUGAAAGAAUUGGUUCACAUGGUCAACUUACUGUUGUUGAUAUUAAUGGUACAGAUGUAUUUGUUGGUACAAGUGAUGCUGAAAGUGGUGGACAAUCAAUACUUGAUUUACAUGAUGAACGAUCUGUAUUUUUAAUUGGUGGUGUACCAUCACAAAUAUCAUUGAAACAAACUUAUCCAGCAUUUUCUGGUUCAAUAUCAAAUGUACGUCUUGAUGAUCAAAGUGUUAGUUUAUGGAAUUUUCAAUCGGCUAUGAAUUAUAAUCAAGGUUCAAUACCAUCAAUAAUUCACCGUGAAUCUGUACCUGGUUUUAGUCUUAAAGGUGAUGGUUAUGCAAUAUUUUCUAAACGACGUUUACGUCGUCUUGAACAUUCAUUUGUCUUAACAAUUAUAUUUAAAACAAAUUCACCCAAUGGUCUUCUAUUUACAUAUGGUGGUGGUGAUUUUGAAAAACGUUUUUUUGCUGUACAAAUUAUUGAUUCACAUCCAGAAAUUCUUAUUAAUACAGGUAGUGGUCUUGUUAGUUUACGUCUUGAAGAUAAUGUUCAUGAUAAUCAAUUACAUCGUUUACAAAUAAAAAAACAAAAUACAGAAAUUAUUGUACAACUUGAUAAUCAAUUAUCGGAAUCAAUAACUGAUCGUGAUGAAGAAUCACGUAUUGAAGGUGGUAAUGAUGAUAUUUAUGUUGGUAAAUAUAUUGGACUAGAUUCAUUACGUGAUACAAUAACAAGUCGAGGUUUUAGUGGUUGUAUACAAUCAAUUCUUAUUGAUCGUAUUGAAUUAACAUUUAAAUCUGAACAUUUUAAACGUAGUGAAAAUAUUCAAACAACAUGUUCUAUUGAACAAAUUUUACGUACAGUACAAUUUAAUUAUCAUUAUGAUCAAGAAAGUUAUGUUGAAAUAUCCGAUAAAAAUUUAACAAUACCAUGGGCUAUAACAGCACGUUUUCAAUCGAAUCAACAAAAUGGUACAUUAGUAUAUAUGAAUAAUGAAAAUGACAAUAUCGAUAAAUUAAUAAUUUAUUUUGAAUUCAAUCAUCUUAUGAUUAAACAUAAAGAUUUACCAAUAAUACAAUGUGAAAAUAGUUUAUCAACAAAUUGGUGGAAUUAUAUAAGUAUUUAUCGUGAUACACAAUCAUAUCGUUUAUAUUUAAAUGAUACAGAAUGUGGUAAAUUAGAUAUUGAAAGUGAAUAUAAUGAUUAUCAAUUAUUUAAAACAGUAUUUAUUGGUGGUGUACCACAAAAUGUAUCAGAGGAUACACAACGUUUCUUUGGAUGUAUUGGAGAUGUUAAUAUAGAUGGUUCAUUAGUUAAUUUUAAUAAUGUUGUUAAAUUAAAAAAUACGGAACAAAAUUGCCCAACCAUUGCAUUUACUAGUAAUAAUAAUAACAAUAAUAAAUAUAAUAAUAAAGGAUCAGUAGUUUAUCCACCAUUUGAGUAUAAUGCUACGAAACCAACAUCUUCUGAUAGAUUUCAAUUAAAAUUACUUCAAUUUAAUGAUGAUUUCAGUAAUUAUAGUAUAAAUAGUUCUAUAUUACCAUCGAUUGAUUUACUUACGUCUUCAACUAUUCAAAUUAAAAAUGAAACAAAAGUAUCGAAUGAUGAUGAUGAUGACGAAGAAGAUGAUUAUUCAUCUCGUCAACAUCGUUCAUGUAAUUUACCUAUGAAACCUUCGAAUAAUCGUGGUCAAGAUAUCGGCUAUAGAUUUGGUGAUGAUCAUCGAGAAAGUCGUGGACAAAUAACAAUAUCAGAACCAUCAACUAGUCUAUCAAUGAAUAUUUCAUUUAAAUUCCGAACACGAUUUACACAUGGUUUAUUAUUCUAUUCAGGCAGUAAUGCUUUUGAUUCUUCAAUUUUAAAUGAAUUCAUUGCUGUAUGGUUAUAUAAAGGUCGAUUAGUUUUUGCUUUUGAUUGCGGAUCAGGUAAAGGUGAAAUUGAAAGUAUAAAUCGAAUCAAUGAUGAUCAAUGGCAUCGUGUUGAUGUUAUAAGACAUGGAAAUAAUGCAACUUUAUAUAUUGAUUUACAUUCCGAAGGUUUUAUUAUUCCACCAGGUACAAAAUUAUCUUUAGAUACAGAUGGAAUAUAUUAUUUUGGUAAUAUACCAUCGGAUGAAACAUUUCUUUUAAAUCGUCGUCGUCAAUUACAUCAUUUUAAAACUCGACAUAAUUAUCUUCAAUUUCAAGGUUGUUUAAGUACAAUACAAAUUAAUAGUCAAGCAAUAACAUUUGAUACAAAUGUUAAUAAUGAAUAUAAUUAUAAUAUAAAAACAUGUUAUGAAUUUGAAGAAUCAGGAGUUUUUAUUAAUGGAGAAAAAGAAUUAAUACUUGAAAAUUCAUUUCGUCUUGGUCAACGAUUCAAUAUUUCAUUUCAUUUUAAAUCUCGUGUUAAAAGUGGUCUUCUAUUGGCUGCAACAAAUACUAAUGAAGAUAAUUAUUUAUUUAUUUAUCUUGAUAAAGGUAAUAUUGUUGUGACAUUAUUACAAAAUAAUAUUGAUGAAAUUCAUGUUGUUCAUUGGCCAAAUGAUAAUAAUGAUAAUGAAAUGUGUGAUGGUCAAUGGCAUACAGUUGAUAUUCAAAAAGAUCUAACAUUUGUACGUUUACAUGUUGAUAAAUAUGAUGCAGAUGAAGAAUUAUUAUUAAAUGAUUUUGAUUUAAAUACUAAUGGACCAUUAUAUAUCGGUAAAAUGAAUAAAUUACCACCUAUUGUUGAUGAUAUACCUGUAUAUAUUGGUUGUAUAACAAAUAUGAAAAUAAUUGCCAUUGAUAAUGAUAACGAUGAACAUAAUUCAAUUCGACAUGCUAAAGCACUUCAUUCAAUUGAUGGAAUUGAAUAUUCAUGUCCAAUAAAUUAA